GUAAAUAUUAGCGAUAAAGGUUGGUACGAACGAGACCGCUGAACCAAAAUUGUUGCGAUUGAAGAUACGUACGGGUUAGAUUACAGGAUGGACACCACCAGCUGUCCGAGUCUUCAGUAGCCCCGAGUCCUGGCGCGCCGCAGCCUUGGAGACGCUACGGAAGGAUGCGAGGCGCGGCCGGAGCAAGGACUUCUGGGACAGAACCGAGCGCUGCGACCCGCGACACGGCCGACCGCUGGACGCUGAGGAGGAGAGAGGGAGGACGAGGUCCGACAUCGCCCGCUACAGGACCCGCUCUCUCAAGCACACGCAGACGCCGCAUCUGACCACUUCACACACACACACACACACACACACUCUCACCCUCACACACACAUUCACACACACUCACACACACAUACACACACACUCUCACCCUCACACACACACACACACCGAGCUCCUUAGCGACCUGUAGCGCAGGAGACGGACGAGGCUGAAGCAUGAACUUCCUGUCCCCCAUCGUGACGUUCCAGAACCUGCAUGAGGUGCGGCGGCUGUGCCACUGGGGGCCGGUGGUGGCGCUGUCGGUCAUCGGCAUCUGCUCCUCCAUGGCCGUGCUGGACUCCAUCAUCUGGUACUGGCCCCUGGACACCACCGGGGGCAGCAUCAACUUCAUCAUGCUCGUCAACUGGACCGUCCUCAUCCUCUACAACUACUUCAACGCCAUGUUCCUGGGGCCCGGGUACAUCCCGCUGGAGUGGAAACCGGAUAACCAGCAGGAUGUGGCGUACCUGCAGUUCUGCCGCCUGUGUCACGGCUACAAGGCCCCCCGCUCCCACCACUGCCGCAAGUGCAACAGGUGCGUGAUGAAGAUGGACCAUCACUGCCCCUGGAUCAAUAACUGCUGCGGGCACCAGAACCACGCCUACUUCACCAGCUUCCUGCUGCUGGCCCCCCUGGGCUGCAUCCACGCCGCCUUCAUCUUCAUCAUGACCAUGUACACCGAGCUCUCUGACCGCGUGUCGUUCGGCUGGAGCUCGGUGAAGAUUGACAUGAGUGCGGUGAGACGCGUGCACCAUCCCAUAAUGCCUUUCGGCGUGGCGGCCUUCGCAGCGUCACUCUUCGCGCUGGGAUUGGCUCUCGGCACCACCAUCGCCGUGGGGAUGCUGUUCGUCAUACAGAUGAAGGUGAUUCUGCGGAACAAGACGUCCAUAGAGGUGUGGAUCGAGGAGAAGGCGCGGGACCGGAUCCAGUAUUACCAGACGGGCGAGGAGUUCAUCUUCCCGUACCACCUGGGCACGCGCUGGCAGAACUUCACACAGGUGUUCACCUGGUCCGGCUCACCUGAGGGUGACGGCAUCGAGUGGCCCAUCCACGAGAAGUGCCAUCAGUACACACUCACUAUGGAACAACUGAAGCAAAAGGCUGACAAGCGUGUGAGAAGUGUGCAGUACGUGGUGGUGGAGGAGUAUAACGGCGCGUGUUGUCCGACGGGAAAGGGCUUCAACACGUUCCUGCGCACGCCCUGCACUGAGGAACCACGCAUCACACUCACCAAGGGGGAGACCAUCUACGCUACACGCGGCACCAAGUGGUGGAUGUACGGAGACAAAUUAUUGACUGAAGAAGAUGCUAAAGCUGGUGCUCGUGUCAGAGGCUGGUUUCCAAGGAGAUGCGUAGAGAAGUGUCACUAUGACACGGCCAACAACUCCGCCACGCCCGACGACAAGAAGGACAACUGACCAAUGAGUGCCCGGCGUGGCCGACCAUACACCACACACACACACACACACACACACACACACACACACACACACACACACACACACACACACACACACACACACACACACACACACAGACAUUUUCGGCUCACCCAACGUCUGUUUGGUGUGGGUUUGCGCCGACACUAAAACACAGUGGAGAUGGUUCAGUGAGAAGCAGAGGUGUGUGUGUGUGUGUGUGUGUGUGUGUGUGUGUGUGUGUGUGUGUGUGUGUGUGUGUGUGUGUGUGUGUGUGUGUGAUGAGGGAUCUGGCAAGUCUGAUUGUGACCCCCCUCCUCAUCUCUCUCUCUCUGCUGAGGUCUGAAUAUGCAACACCCCUUGCCCAGCACAGUGUGUGUGUGUGUGUGUGUGUGUGUGUGUGUGUGUAUGUGUGUGUGUGUGUGUGUGUGUGUGUAUGCAACACCCUUUGCCCAGCACACCCCUCCUGCCGCAUCAUCCACCUCUCUCUCUCUCUCUCUCUCUUUGUUUUGUACAGCAGAAAAUUCUUUAAUUUUUUUUUAUUAUUUUUGUAAAAGUCACAUGAUUUGCUAAAUGUAUUUAGAAAUAAAAACAUGUUUGCUCCGUG